GGAUCGAAUCAUAUUUGUGACCAAAGAAGAUCAUGAGACUCCAAGCAGUGCGGAGCUGGUGGCUGAUGACCCCGACGACCCCUACGAGGAGCAUGGGUUGAUACUGCCCAAUGGAGACAUUAACUGGAACUGCCCUUGCCUUGGCGGCAUGGCCAGUGGCCCCUGCAGGGAGCAGUUCAAGUCCGCCUUCUCCUGCUUCCACUAUAGCAAGGAGGAGCUCAAGGGAUCAGACUGUGUAGACCAGUUCCGGGCCAUGCAGGAGUGUAUGCAGAAAUACCCAGAUCUCUAUCCCCAAGAGGAUGAGGAAGAGGAGGAAGAGAAAACGCCAGCAGAAGGAGUGGCCGAAGCAGCUGUGAGUGAGGCCCCUGCCACCAAAGAAGAGAAGGGACCCAGCUAAUGAAGGCCUCAGGUGCUGGGCUCCGGGCCUCCCACCUCCAAGUGACACGGACCUCUUACACAAUGCUUUUUCAUCCACCUCUGGCUGCUCUCUGCACUGUAAUGUACAAAAUAACUUAUUGUGUUGAUUGGGGAUUUGGCCCCUUGAUGUAUACACUGGAAGGAGAAAUGGGGAGUGUGUGUAUGUGUGUCUUACGUAAACCUAUCAGUGAUUAUAGCUGCCACUUCAGAAUUCUCUCAGCCCCGAGUUUUGCCACUUUGAAAUAAUGUGCUGAAUAGUCUCAGCAACCAAAAAUGACUACCAGGAAUAUUUCUUGUGAGCUGACUUAUUCUCUUUUAUCAUAUCUCUCAGUGGAUAUAUUUCCUAGGGAAAUUGGAGC